UUAAAAUUACUUUAUUUUCAAUAAAUGACGCUUAGGCCGUUUUUAUUAUCCAAUAUAAUACUUGCGUACGUGUAACGCAAUUACAGCAAACGUCACUUCCACUGUGACGUCAUUUCACGUCGUUGCUAGUGCAUUGAACAACACAUACACCAACUGCACAAAUAUGGGGAAGUCAGGAUGUUUACCGCCCGGAAGCUGCCGGUGGCUCGUGCAAUUUAAGAAGUCGAUGAAUGCCAGGAUGGCGAAAUUCAAAAAUGACUUCAAGCGGAAGUUUUUUCGUGACAAUAAGCAUCUGGGAAACCUGCGUGCCGACCAACUUCACAAUGAGACUGGAACCCGAGAUAUGGAAAUCACGAAAAAGACGUCCAAGCCUGCAGCGGACAGUAAUGUCCCUAAAAAGAAGGUCGUCAAGAAAUCAACUUACGGUUAUCAACCCUCCUUGUAUGCUGAAGAAGCAAGUCCCGAGAUUCAACCCACUCAAGUUGUAAAGAAUUCGAACGACGAAAACAACCGGAACUCUUCGCCAAAUUAUCGCGAUUCAAGCCAGGUCACAAUCAAAGCCGUUGUUCACGAACCCACUCCUACUCGUUCCAAGGAAGAAGAACUAGAUGAAUUCGUGACUACAGUCAUCCGCAACUCUGUGGCACAUCUGAUCAAGGAAGCCAGCGUUGUGUACCUAAUGAAAGAGUCAGCGGAGAACUUGCUGAAGAGAAACGACAGCAAUGUGGAAACAACCGGCAAACACGUUCUCAAGGAUACCGACACCACCAACCAACACGUUGUCAUUGAAACCGACACCACCAACCAACACGUUGUCAUUGAUACCGACACCACCAACGAAUGCGUGAUCAUUGUUACCGACACCACCAAGGAACGCGUUGUCAUUGAUACCGACACCACCAACGAAUGCGUGAUCAUUGUUACCGAAACCACUAAGGAACAUGUUGUCAUUGAUACCGACACCACCAACGAAAAGGUUGUCAUUGAUACCGACACCACCAAGGAACAGGUUGUCAUUGAUACCAACACCACCGAUGAGCGCGUUGUCAUUGAUACCGACACCACCAACGAACACGUGGUCAUUGAUACCGACACCAACAACGAAUGCGUGAUCAUUGAUACCGACACCACCAACGAACAGGUUGUGAUGGAUACCGACACCACCAACGAACGCGUGGUCGUUGAUACCGACAACACCAACGAACGCGUUGUUAUUGAUACCGACAUCGCCAACGGACACGUUGUAAUUGAUACCGACACCACCAACGAAAGCGUUGUCAUUGACACAGACAACACCAACGAACGCGUUGUUAUUGAUACCGACAUUAUCAAAGAAUCCAACGCCAUGAACGUCAUCAAGGCGUCAUCCGAGAUCGUCCUGAAGGAACAGGGCGACAAUUUCGACAUCAGCUACGAACAGGUUGUCAAGGAAACCGACAACGUUUUCGUAUCUUCAAGCGUGUUAAGCGCUUUUGCCGAGAGCGCAGUGAAGGCUAGUCUGUUUGAGAUGGAUGUCGUUGACAACGUUAACCACUCCGCGAUGGUCCCUACGUCCGCCGUCAAGGCUCGAAGAUCACCAAGGACAGUGAAGGAAUUCUUAGAGAUGAUUGGAGUACCUGAUUGCCGGGACAGCUCCAGCCUUCACCUUCCCGACGUCGACAUUUAGACAUUUAAAUUAAGCCUCAGUCUCAUAUAAGCACGGUUGGCUACGGCAGUUCCGGACCAUCACGAAUACACCCGGAUCAAGAUCCGGGACGAUCCGUGGACUGGUUGGUUUCUAAGCGUAAAAGGUUUUACCAAGAUCAUAACGUCGGUGACAACACGGAACCUAACCGGCCACACGUACAAACACGGACAUACCCGGCAGCAUUACGCAAACAACACGGAACACU